GUGCCUGUUUUAGUUGAUUUAGUGUGCUUUUUUGCAGGUAUUGCUGUUUAAUCUACAUUCCAGUGCCUUCUGCCGCGAUGUCUUCGACGGUGGAAAAAAAUGAAUAUCCAAAAGCAUCCAAUGCAUUGGUAAUCGGUGCAGUGUUGUCGUACGUCGCGGGAGUAUUUUUGUUGAUGAGCUUUUGCUCACCGUACUGGAUCGUAUCGUAUCCGGAGUCAUUCAGCAGUUUCAAAAACAUGGGCCUGUGGGAGUACUGCUUCCGUGACUUUACCUACCCGUACUACCAGUUUCCCAAGCAAUUCAACGGCUGCCAUCAUAUUUUCAGCGAGGAGUACUACGUCAUCAGAGAGUACCUGCUGCCGGGAUGGUUAAUGGUGGUGCAAGGAUUUGUAACGAUUUCCUUUCUGUGCACAUUCACUUCGCUGAUUAUUAUGGCCUGCGAGAUUGUCAGGUGGCCACUCAAGUUUGUGCUGCGUUACGAGUGGAUGCUAAGCAGCGUUUCGUUUACCGGGAUAGCUUCGUCAUCCUUCUUUUUGUUUUUAGCUGUAGCCGUCUUUGGUGGAAAUGCAUACCGGCGCGAUUGGCUGAUGUACCCCAAGUUCAACGUGCUUUCGUGGUCAUAUGAACUGGCCGUGAUUUCAUUUAUGAUUCAGGGGCUCGCCGCUUUGCUACUGUACAAGGAAUCGCGCAAAUCGUACGAAAUGCGUCGCGAAGCAAAGAAUUUGGUCAUGCAGAUGCAAAUGCACGAACCGGGAUAUCAUCCAUCGCACCACACUAGCCGAAGUCUGCACAGCGGCGGUUACAUAUAAACGUGCUGGGACAGAUUGAGCCGCUCGUAAUUUACAUAUCCAUUCAUAUCCAACCCGAAAUUCUACCUCUCCGGAACGAAAAGGAGAUCCCAGCAACAUCAUAUCGACGUUCGUACAUUGUGUAUUUUUUGUAAUGCUGAACCAUACGCCGCCGGACCGCACAUAGCGAUGCUUCCGUAUGUUAGCACACCGAUAUUGAAUUCAUGUAGUAAUCUCACCAUUCUCAACAAGUGCCCGAACAAUUGGAAUACUUCAAAGCAUCAUCGAAUACGCGUGGCCUUACUAUUGUAACUGUCUUUUCCGCAAAGCUCGAAGCACCAUUGAAUUGCGCCGAAGAGGAACAAGUGCCUCCAUCUAAUACAGAAACAACAAAUGUGCUUCGUCUAAUAUAGGUGUAACUCGUAACUAUACGUUAAAUUUAUCGCAAACCGAUACAGUAGAAGCACGUAAGCUUAUAAGCGUAGCUAACGGUAUAUCCGUCCGUCCGUAGAUCUAUCAGUCAAUGUAGAGUUUAGGCUUUUUUUGAAGAUUUUAUCACUUUUAACUACUUUUUGUUGUUUUUAUAGAAACGCAACAGGGCGCAGCUGUUUAGACAUAAUCAAAAAAGUAUUCUAUUUGGGUAAACAAUGUAUCCUUUCUUGCUAAUAGCUACGCAUUAACAGAGAUGUCCUUUGGAAAAAAGGGCUAGCAAUCUCGAUUCUCUAUACCCAUGUAAUCUUUUUGCCGUCCAAUUUAAUUUUAAUACAUUAAGUUUAGUAGUGAAAACAAAAUCACAUUCCAUUCUCAGUCGAAAGAAGUUGAACAUUUCGCGAUAUAAAGUUUCAGUUUGAUUUGUCCAUGCACACGCAUGCAGUGAAACUAAAUGCUCGAUCUUAAACGUAACAGCACCACGAACGAAUACGUUCCAUUGCAGGGUAAUAUGAUUGUUGUAUUCAAAAUAAAACUUUGAUAAAUAAAUGUACAA